AUGAGGAGGAAAACACCUAACCAGUCCGAGCCUGAGGCUCUUCUGCUGCGUCACCAGGACUCGGAGAAGGUAGUGUACUACGACACGUCAGUCUGGUUGUUGACUGAGUGGGGCAGUUUUAUCCUUGAAGCCGCCGACGGUCAAACCGGCGUCCUGGAGCCCGGCGCCCAUUUCACCGAUCGAGGCUUCCCAGAACGGCGCACUUGUCUGCAUGCAGAGUCCGGAGCAGGUGGCCACAUACCAGUUGGUGAUGAGGGGAGAGGAGGAGAUCACCUAACCAGCCUGAACUGUAGGCGCUUCUGCAGCCCGGGACCCAUUUCACCGGCCGAGGCUUCCCAGAGCGGCAGACUUGUAUGCAUGGAGAGUCCGGAGCAGGUGUACGAGACCAGGCAGCCGGACGAGCAGAGCUUCCAGGCGGAGAUAAGACCGUCUGUCUGUUGUGCAUGGCCUGACUGGUUGGUUGAUGAAUAUAUGAUGUAUAAUUGGAUGCAGAAGCAGCAGGUUUUGCUGCAGUAUUUGCAUCUCGCCUACACGCCUUAG